UUCUUUGUGAAAUUUUAAUGUCAACAUUUUCCUAUUCAACACCUUCAAAUAUUCCAACUCAAAAGCUUUCAACAACUCCAAUGAAUUCUUCAACUGCUUCCACUGUUUCUAAUAAUCCGCAACAACCUAGAGAUUCCCCAAAUUAUUCCCAACAAUUUUUGCUUCAAGGACACACAAAAGGUGUCGCUUCCGUCAAAUUUUCUGCAGACGGACAACUUUUGGCUUCAGCUAGUGCUGAUAAAACUGUUCGGAUUUGGUCUGUAGAAGAUGGGAAAUUGGAAAAGAAUAUUCAAGGUCAUAAAUUGGGCAUAAGUGACGUUUGUUGGUCCUAUGAUAGUCGAAUGGUUGUUAGCUGUUCUGAUGAUAAAACACUUAAACUUUUUGAUAUUACACAGGGAAAAUUAAUCAAAACGUUCCGAGGCCAUCAAAAUUAUGUUUUUUGUUGUAAUUUUAAUCCGCAAUCAACUCUUCUGGUUUCUGGCUCGUUUGAUGAGACGGUCCGAAUUUGGGAUGUUCGUUCAAGUACCUGUGUCCGUUCAUUGCCUGCACAUUCUGACCCUAUUAGCGCUGUAGGUUUCAAUAGAGACGGUUCUCUAAUUGCUACAAGCAGUUAUGAUGGCCUUGUUCGAAUUUGGGAAGCGGGUAGUGGUCAAUGUAUGUCUACACUUGUUGAUAAUGAAAAUCCGCCAGUUUCUUUUGUUAAAUUUUCACCAAAUGGAAAAUAUGUUUUGGCUGCUACAAUGGAUAGUCAACUCAAAUUGUGGGACUUUAACAAAGGCAAACCUUUAAAAUCAUAUCAAGGACAUAAAAACGAAAAAUAUUGCAUUUUUGCCAAUUUCUCAGUUACUGGAGGUAAAUGGAUUGUUAGUGGAUCGGAAGACAAUCAAAUUUAUAUUUGGAACUUACAAACACGUGAAAUUGUUCAACGAUUGGAAGGCCAUACAGAUAUGGUCUUGUGUACAGACUGUCACCCAACAAAAAAUAUUAUUGCUUCGGGCGGGCUAGAAAAUGAUCGAACAAUACGUUUAUGGACGAGUGAUUAUUGA